AUGCAGAUUUUUUUGAGAAACCUUAAGGGGGAGAAUAGCCUUCUAGAGUUUGAGAGCACAGAAACCAUUGAAAACAUCAGGGCCAUGAUUCAAGAAAAAGAAGGUGUCACUCUUGAAAAACUUUGCCUGAUUUUUCAAGGCUGUACAACUUUAAGAGAUGGUCAUACUCUUGCUGAUUAUAACAUCCAAGACUACAAUCAGAUCAAUGUGGUUUUAAGGCUUGCAGGAGGAACAAGGAUCUUGGUGAAAACUCUUACAGGCAAAGAGCUUGAACUCAACGUUGAGCCGAAUGAUACCAUUGAAAGGAUCAAGGAGCGUGUUCAGGAAAAAGAAGGGAUUCCUCCUAUGCAGCAAAGGCUUAUUUAUGGAGGCAAGCAGAUUGCAGACGAGAAAACAGUUCGAGAUUACAAAAUCGAGGGUGGCUCUGUGCUUCAUCUUGUGCUUGCGUUGAGGGGUGGUCGUUUAUGA